AUGGCCUCCCGUCCAAAGCUGUCUGGUAUUCAGAAGCAGGUUUUGGCGCUGUACAGGGGAUUCCUUCGGACAGCACGCCUUAAGGCCCCUGAAGAGCGCCGCAGGAUUGAGUCUGUUGUCUCGGCAGAGUUUCAUGACAACGCAAGGAGUGUUGACCGUAGGAACUUUGUACACAUAGAGUACUUGUUGAGGAGAGGGAAGAAGCAGCUUGAGCAGCUCAAGAAUCCUGAUAUUGCUGGACUUGCUACCCUUGAAGUAAAGAAAUGA